AUGGAAGUGUUUAGCAAAGGGAUCCAUCGUGCUCUUGUACCACUGGGCAGCCACAUGCAAAAUAUAGCUGGAGUCGAGCUAGUAGAAUCUGCACCAAGUUACCAGAUGCUAACACAAGUGGAUCUCUUGAGGUUCUUAAAGGCACACGACUCUGAGCUGAAAGGUAUCAUGUCACACAAUGUCGAAGAACUUGGAGCAGUGACAAAGAGCGUUUUUGGAGUAACUAACCGCACCAAAGUUAUUGAAGCCAUUAAAUGUAUGAGAGCUGCCUCACUUAGUGCUGUACCAAUUGUUGAAGCUUCAAGUGCCAUUGAAGAGGAUCACGGGCAGCUUGUAAACCCGGAACUUGAUCGAAAUUACGCAUAUAUUUUACAGGGAAAAGGUAGAAAGCUUGUGGGGACAUUUUCUGCAACUGAUCUAAGAGGCUGCCCUAUUUCUCAGCUGCAAUUCUGGUUGCCUUUAAGCGUUUUAGACUUCAAAGAAAAACACUCGACAAGUCCAUUGCCUGCAGCUUCAGACACGGCAGUGUCAUCGAGGGAACUCGUGACUUGCCAUGCUGAAUCAUGCCUCGCGGAAGCCAUUGAAAAGGCCCUUACCAAGCAUGUGCACCGAAUUUGGGUUAUUGAUCACCUGGGUCACCUAGUUGGGGUUGUUGCUCUCACAGAUAUUAUCAGAGUGAUGAGGGUCUCAUUGCUGUCUUGA